GAGAAGAGUUGAAACCCAAGUGGACGUAUGCGUAAUUUCCCGUCGAACAAAUCGAAUUUCGCUGAUCAAAACCAAGUGUAAACGAGAUCCUAGUGUCCGACUUCCGUUUGAGACUCACAUCUGCGUGAAGCGCCGUCCCAACUUCCUAUAGUGGCACGAAAACGUCGAAAAGCUUCGUCGACCCACGCCGAACAGCGAGCGCCAUAUUUGUCCGUGGUGCGCGGUAUCGAUUUUUCCCUUUCGUGCCCCGGACACCGUGCUCGAGCUGCCCCGUUUGCCGCCGUUAGCCCGUGACGCCACCAGACCGUACCGCCACACCCAGCACUCGUCGACCGCGUAGCUGUGUGCGUGCGUGAGCCCUGCCCAGCCUCGCCCUCCAGACCGUAAACUUGUGCGAUUUCAAGAGCCCUACGCGCUCACCCAACGUCCUCCCCCGAUCGAUCGACGACAGCUAGCCCCGUUCGCCUGCGAUACAAAUCCGCGCCUCCGACGACGACGACGUCAAACACGUCGAAGAACUACUACUACUGCGCUACUACAGCUACUGCUCUUCGGAGGGGUGAUUCGUAUCAACCGUGUGUACUGCUCUCUCAUCCCCUUGCUACCGAUCGACGAAACACAGCAGGCGCGGAUCCACUCAUCUGUCCUGCGUCUCGAAGAGCAGAGAGAGAGAGAGAAAGAAAUAGAGAAAGCGAAAGAAAACAGAGAGAGAGAGAAAGAGCAGGAGCGUCUACGAAACAACUUCUUCGACUCCUCAUCCUUCGAUUGCUGCGAUCUACGUGCGUGCGAUCUACCGGCGGUUCGUAAGCAAACCUAGCACAACAAACCCGAUCAACGGUUGUCCUGUGGGGGCGGGUGUGGGUGUCUGUGGGCAAACAAGGGCGUGAGAGAGCGAGCGAGGGAAACCGUCGAAGGAGACGUGGGCGAAGGCGUUGAGAUAAAAAGCACAAAACCCGUAUAGUAUAUUUGUUCCGAGCAGAAACACCGACGAUCUCCCGCGCGGCGGCAAGCACGGUAAUGAGCGAUCAGAAGGGCACGCGCGUCUACGUCGGCAACCUCACCGAUAAAGUGAAGAAGGAGGAUCUCGAGGGCGAAUUCACCAAGUACGGUAAAUUGAACUCUGUCUGGGUAGCUUUCAAUCCGCCAGGUUUUGCGUUCAUUGAGUUCGAAAUCAAGGAAGAAGCGGAAACGGCCUGCGACAAUCUGAACGGCCAGGACAUACUCGGUUCGAAGCUGCGCGUCGAAAUUUCCAAAGGCCGCCGUAAUCCGCGGGGCGCUACGCGUGGUUUUGGCCGCGGACCGCCCAGCCGCAACGGUGGGGGAAGUGGAAGUAGCGGAACGGGCGGUAGCAGCAGCAGCUUCCGCAAUGGAUCCCGCGGCGGGUUCCGUGAUGGGUCCAGCUAUCGGAGCGGGAGCGGCGGUGGCGGUGGCAGCGGAAGUAGCAGCUUCCGUGGUGGCAGCCGCAGCUCAGGGCGGUUCGACGGCGGUUAUGGUAGCAGUGGCGGCGGCGGCGGCGGUGGUGGUGGCGGACGCUCGACCGGUGGCUACAGUCGCGACGGUGGACGCGAUGGGGGCAGCGGAAGCUUCGGUGGUGGCUAUGGCGGUGGCCGCAGUGGUGGUGGUGGCGGUGGCGGUGGUCGCUUCCGCUCGCGAUCCCCGGUUGGGGCACGCGGUCGGUACUAGAGAAGAGGGCAGUAGUACAGCAAACCCGCACAAACACGAAAUGGGCAUCCUUGGUCUCUCCCUCCAGGUUUGACACUCCCUUCGGUGAUUGUCUGCUCAAUCCCAAUCCCGGUAGUAGCAAAAGUGGCCACCGAGGGGACGCAAGAAAAUUUUGGUAGCAUUUAAGAAAGAACGAAAGCAAAAACCACACUGUACAUUUUAUAGUCAUAUGAGGAAAAGCGCGAUGGAGUCCUUUCUAAUUUUUUCCUAAAGACGCAUUUUCGUUUAUUUUUCCUCACAUCACCACAAUUCCCGUUUGGCAUGGAAUAGUUUUAUUUUUAGUUUAAAACCUGCGGGAUUGGGCGCGUUCCGAUCACUUCGCUCGGUGUUAAGUUUAUUUUAAGAAAAUGCGACAGAUAGUGGCUUGUUUUUUGGGGGCGGCGGCACGUCCGUCAUGACGCAGAGUGUCGCAGAACGCAGAAUUCAAAGUAGGGUGAAAACUGGAAAAGCCAAAGGUAACUACUCGAACAAAAUGUAGCUUGUGUUUUGGUGGGGCUUCAUCGAAUCCAAAGCAAAGGUAACUGUAAAACAUAUACCGCAGCACACCUCCAGGUUCUCUAGUGCAUACCACGCAGCGCAUAUAACCGAAAUUGAGCAAUGUAUCCAAUAAAACAGCACCACUCUGUGGUGACGACGAUGAAAACGGCGUGACGCAUCGCUCAACAGCUCAUUCUGCCUACAACGAGUAAAAACCAAAUGCCAACCUUUGGCCAGUGUCUCUCUGCAUUAUUUUAUAUGUGUUUUAAUAUAUAAAAAGCAUUAUUCGGAGCAGGAUGAGCUGAAACGAGCUACAUUGAGCGAAAAACCAUUGUGAAGUCCGGCUCGAACGAGGAUGUGUAGAAGUGUGGCAAGUUAAGUUGCAUUGAGACCAGUUCUUUGGCAAGCAGAGCGCAACAGCGUCCCUCAACUCGCUAAUCAUCAAGAGUAAAGGGAAAGAUCUUUUCUGACCGCACCAAGCGAUGCGCUUUGGUCCCAAACGUGUACCAGUGAGCCAACAUAUUCAAGAA